UGAGAGAGAUGGAGGUGAUCAGAGGUGUGAGAAGAGUAGGCAUAAUGGCAAUGGUGGUGAUGCUGGUGUUUGCAGGGCAUGCAACAGCCAGCUGGGAGAGUUGCUAUGGCCCAUGCUUCUUGAAAUGCAUAGUGAACUCCAAGAAGCUCUUCUCUUGUGCCUUCAAGUGUUUGAAGCAGUGUGUAUUUAGGCCUGCUUCUAAUCCACUUUACUACUGCAGCCUUGGGUGUUCCAUGAAUGAAUGUGCUGAGCUUAGCAAUGAUUCAGAGAGAAUGGAAAGCUGUGUGGAGAACUGCACUUCCAAUAUAUGCCGCCCCAAACAAUGAUGAGAAUUGUGGACAUGAGGAGCGAAGGCCAUGAAUAUGCAUCUUAAUUUUCUUUAGAGAAAUGGUGGAGAUGAGUGUGGAUCUUUGUUUGGGAUGAGUUAUAAUGAGCAAUAAAUGAAAUAAAUUAGAAGCCAUGGGCCAUGCAUUCAUAAAUUAA